AUGCCUUCCGCAUCCCCCUCUCCGAUCAAGCGUCCCUCACUGACCGAACGCAACUCCUCUGUACAGUCUCAGAGUUCACCGGGCAGACAAACAACCGUUCAUAAGGUCCACCGCCCGCAUGCGGUCACUCGGCACUCUAGAAAUGUAUCUCAUGGCAAAGGACUUAGCAAGUUGGGCAAAGUACAAUCUACAGCCAGCAUCAACGCUGAUGCCCAAAGACACCAUCAGAGAAAGAAGUCGGGGGGUACCACGCCACCUCAUAGCCCGAGGACGCCGCUGGUGAAACACAACAGCUCCCACGUUGCUUUGGCAAAGAAUACGUCGUUCGGCAAUCUGCGGAAGAACCAUUCAGCCACGGCAUUGCCUCGAAACGUCUCCCACGCAGCUCUCAAAAAGAUUGGUCUUACACCGGCAGUAAAGCAGAAAAGCAAGGAAGCUAAGGAUGGAGUAUUCCAGCUUGGAGACCGAUCGUCGGACGAUGAAGAGGAAGGAGAAUGGGAAGAUUCAACCACUCAAUCCCCCGAGUUGACUAGAAGCAAUUCGAAGACCUCUACACCCGUAAGAGCACACACCCCCAAUGGGGACCCAGCGCCUCCGCAGCAUGCAGCACAGGAGAUUCAUCGCCAGCAGAGGACUUCGUCCCCUCCCCAACCGUCUCUAAAGAAUAAGAAUCGGUCUGCACCGAAUUUAAAAAACGUGCUUGUGAUGUCGCAAGGACAGAACCCGGCUGACCCUGCAUUGAUUCAACAAUACCCUCGUUCUUCACGCGCCCCUCCGGCUAUGUCCACAGUAUCAGCGCAUGUUGGACCAAGUCAACUGGUGCGGAGUGACUCGACACGAUCCUUUACCCACAUUUCGCAUGCAGACGCUGCUUCUUCGAAUGCAAAUGCCGGCACAACAGGAAAACACACAGGUGUAUCCCCUAGCACUGUGUCUGGCCCAGUCCUGACAUCCUCCUCGGUGGAGGGUGGAGUCUCACAUUUCCUACAGACAGAUACACCAGCAAGCACCUUCCGUCAGAUCGUCGACGAGUCAGACGGAGACUCACCAUCCAAUUUUCUCUCCAACUACAAGCCACAACCGUCGGAGUCGCCGGAGAAGACGAAGACCCUUCAUAAAGCAAGGAUAUCACAGAUGCAGUCCAGGACGCAGCAAAAACUUGACCUGCAGAAACGGGAGAUCUCCAGAGCUGGACCUGCAACGCCUACCGCUCCCCUUGCACCCGGGAUGGGUGUCCCCAUGGCGUCGGCGACCUCGCUGCACAGCCGAGCAGCAUCGAGAAACCGCAACCGCUCUCUGGCUGGAGAGAUCAAAGCCGUCAAGCAAGACUACGAGACCGCUAUGAAGCAGUUCAUGGUAGUCAGGAGAUUCAGAAGUCCUAUGAUAGAAAGCCUGAACAGAUUGAAGGACAAAAAUGUCCUACCCCCAGACAUUGGCAUGGCCGCAUCCGCCGGAACUGCCUCCAAAAGUAGGCCGCCGAGUCGGCGGGGACCCAGUGCCACCACUGUCAAUGGGCACACAAGGGUAGGAGUCAGUCGAAGUUUUGAGGAGCAGAGGUCGUCUCCCUUGGCUUCAAGGUCGAACAGCAGGGGCCGUGGGGGUAGAGUGCAUUUCCAGCGACAGAGCAGCCAUGACGACAUUGAAGUCACACCAUCACAGCGCAAUAGUGGUCUCGAUGGUGCUCAGGAUGACGAGCAGUUCGGGCUCUCACCAGAGGAGGCGCUGGUAAGGCGGAUCUGGGGCAGCCGCGAGGUCUACGACCCCACGGAGCACGGACAGGCGUGA